AUGAACGGUGACACCACACUAAGAUUUGAAUCUCCGGCAAAGCUGGAGGAUGGCACGACGAAGAAAAACUCACGAGCGGGCAAGGAGAGAUGCUCCGUCCAUGAUUUAAAUACGGCGGUUCCUCCGGAUUUCAAGCUGAGGGUGCUUCAAUUCUUCUACAAACAUGGGCUUGCUUCAAGGCCCUCCUUUAUGCAAGAAAUCUACUCUAGGAUCCCCAGGAGAAUAUAUGUUAAUAUGGAAUUGCCAGAAGACUUGAUCGAUCAUGAAUCAGGAAAGCCAUUGGUAACAAUUCCCGGUAACAAAAUAAGGUCAACGAAAUAUACCCCUCUUUCGUUCCUCCCAAAAAAUCUAUUUUACCAAUUUGAGAAUAUAGCGAACAUUUAUUUUCUCGUUUUGGUUAUAUUAGGCGCCUUCCAAGUUUUUGGAGUGGAGAGCCCUGGUCUUGCUGCCGUCCCUUUAAUUGUGAUCGUUUGUAUUACGGCAAUCAAAGAUGCGUUCGAAGAUUUUCGGAGAGUGGUUAGUGAUGCGGAGCUUAAUAACUCGCCAAUACACUUGUUGACAGGCCUUCACAACAAUAACGUUAUUGUAGAUGACGUUGGCCCAUGGAGAAGAUUCAAGAAGAAGUGUACUCGAGGGACGAUUCGGAGCUAUCGGUGGCUUAAGAAAUUCUGCAUAACCUUAUUCGCAAGCAAAGAAAAGAAGAAGGAGUUCAUCGAAACUUUGGUUCAAGAGGAAGCAAAUGAGCUUCAUCGAGUCUCUACUGUCCACUCAGAUCGCACUUUCAACUCCGAUCUUCCUCGACCAUCUCUAGGAUCGAGGAACCCCAGAAAAUCACAUCAACUGCACAGGAAUCGAGCUCCAACUAAGCCGUCAGCAGAUUGUCUUUUGAAUCCUGAGCUACAAAAACAGAAGGCAUUGGACCCCUCUACUUCAACAACUUCGUUUAAAAAUCGUAGGUGGAAGGACGUUAACGUCGGGGAUUUCGUUCGUGUCAGAGCUAAUGAGGGAGUCCCUGCCGAUAUGAUCAUAAUUUCUACUUCAGAUGAGGAUGGUGUCUGCUACGUGGAGACAAAGAACCUAGAUGGAGAGACUAAUUUAAAGACCAAAAGCUGUUUGAAAUGCGGCGGUUUGAGCCAUCUAAAGCACUCCACGGAUCUUGGGAACACCAAAUUUUGGGUAGAGUGUGAUCCACCAAAUGCACAUCUAUACUCAUUUCGGGGAACCAUUCAUUACGAAAAUUAUGAUGAAGAUGGGCAUUUGGUUAAUUCUGAUGAGAAAGAAUCCAUCACUUAUGACAACAUAUUGUUGAGAGGGUGUGCCUUGCGAAAUACAAAGUGGGUAAUCGGUGUAGUUGUCUACACCGGUUGCGAAACGAAGAUCGAUAUGAAUAGUGGGAACACUCCAGUGAAGAAAUCGAAAAUUUCGAAUGAGCUCAACUUUUCAGUACUCAUCAAUUUUCUGGUGUUAUUCGUAUUGUGUUUUGUCUCAGGGCUCAUAAACGGUCUUUUUUACAACGAUCAGGAUACUUCUAGACAGUAUUUUGAAUUUGAAGCUUAUUCUCCGACAUCCGCUGGAAAUGGGGUGCUCGCAUUCUUUGUUACCUUGAUCAUCUACCAAUCUUUGGUUCCAAUUUCACUUUAUAUCUCGAUUGAAAUCAUCAAGACUGCUCAAGCAUUCUUCAUUCAUUCAGACAUUAAGAUGUACUAUCCCAAAUUGGACUUUCCAUGCAUCCCUCAGUCAUGGAAUAUUUCCGAUGAUUUGGGGCAGAUUGCUUACAUAUUUAGCGAUAAGACUGGCACAUUGACUCAAAAUGUCAUGGAGUUUAGAAAGUGCACCAUUGGGGGAAGGUCAUAUGGCCUCGCAUAUACAGAAGCGAAGCAGGGAAUGGAUAAACGGCGCGGCAUUGAUAUAUUGGCCGAGUCUGAACGGUGGAAAAAAGCUAUCGAGAAAGACAAGUCGGAGAUGAUCCUGAAUUUGCAGUCAUACGUAAAAAACAGUCAGUUUCGAGAAUCAGCGUUAACGUUUGUGUCGAAUCAGUAUGUUGAGGAUACUAUUUUACCAAACACUCUCAUUUCUGAAACAAAGGAUGCUAAUGAGAGAUUCAUGUUGGCAUUAGCUGUCUGUCACACCGUGGUUACUGAGCCGCACGCUGCUGAUCCUGAAUUGAAUGACUUUAAAGCAGAAUCCCCAGAUGAAGCAGCCUUAGUAUCAGUGGCUAGAGAUCUUGGGUUCGCAUUCAAGCUGAGGAAUCGCAACAGCAUAGAGCUCGAAAUAUACGGAGAGAACAGACAAUUCGAAGUUCUCCACAUCAUUGCCUUCACGUCAGCAAGGAAGAGAAUGUCGUGUGUUUUACGUGAUGAGGAGGGGCGUAUUAUGUUGAUAACCAAAGGUGCUGACAGCGCCAUUUAUCAAAGGUUAGCGCAAACGAAAACAUCUGAUGAAGUAUUGAAAAGAACUGCUCUUCAUCUAGAGGACUUUGCUAAAGAAGGUCUCAGGACGCUAUGCAUUGCUCAGAGGUACUUGGAUAGCAAUGAAUUCGCUGCUUGGUAUCGAAGGUACAAAGAAGCAGCCGCAUCGAUUGAUGACGAUAGAGAGGAGACUAUUGAAUCUAUCAAUGAUGAGAUCGAGUGUGAACUCGAGUUGCUUGGUGGCACUGCAAUUGAAGAUCGUCUCCAAGAAGGGGUUCCUGACUCCAUUUCGAUAUUGGGGGAGGCAGGUAUUCGCUUGUGGGUCUUGACGGGCGAUAGAAUCGAAACAGCCAUCAACAUUGGCUUUUCUUGUAACUUGCUUGGUAAUGAUAUGAAGCUUCUAGUUAUACGACAAGACGACGGCAACCCUGAUGACAUCAGCCACAUUGACAAUUUUAUCACUGAAUACUUGCUGGAAGUGUCGGGACUUCUGUUUGAUGACGAAAGUGAUAUCAACGCAGCUAUAAAGCUUGCCAAAACAGAUAUUUCGAUGCCGAAGGCCAAUACCGCCCUCAUUGUCGAUGGUGAUGCUCUUAGAUUGGUUUUCGACGAUACUUCUCUCGAUACAGCAUUACAAAAGAAGUUUGUGCUCCUUGGCAAGUAUUGUAAAUCUGUUUUAUGCUGCCGUGUUUCACCGGCUCAAAAAGCCCAGGUUGUAAAAGUUGUCAAAGAAAACCUUCGAGCAAUGACACUUGCCAUCGGUGAUGGUGCCAAUGAUGUUGCUAUGAUUCAGGCAGCGAAUGUUGGUGUUGGUAUUGCCGGGGAAGAGGGAAGACAAGCUGUGAUGUCCGCAGACUAUGCUAUUGGACAAUUUCGCUUUUUAAGUCGUCUACUACUAGUGCAUGGACAUUGGUCUUAUAAGAAGCUAGCUGAGAUGAUUCCCUGCUUUUUCUACAAAAAUGUCGUCUUUACCUUCACCUGUUUUUGGUAUGGCAUAUUCAAUGACUUUGAUGGCUCAUACCUUUAUGAGUACACCUUUUUAAUGUUUUACAAUUUGGCCUUUACGUCUCUUCCUGUCAUCUUCCUCGGUAUAUUUGAUCAGGAUGUUAGUGGUGCUGUUGCUCUAAUUGUGCCGCAACUUUACAGGUCUGGCAUCUUGAGCCUCGAUUGGUCGCAGUAUAAAUUCAUUUGGUACAUGAUGGAUGGGCUUUAUCAGUCGGUCAUUGCAUUCUUUUUUCCAUACCUUCUUUACUAUGUUUCCUUCCAAAACCAUGAGGGAUUACCUAUAGAUCAUAGAUUUUGGAUGGGGGUUCUUUGUUGUUGCGUUGCAGUGACAGGAUGUAACAUUUAUGUUCUCCUUCAGCAAUACAGGUGGGAUUGGUUGUCCCUUCUCAUUUAUGCGCUAUCAACUCUAGUUGUCUUCUUUUGGGUUGGCGUUUGGUCUGCCAGGGUUUAUGUCGGAGAAUUCUACAAGGCAGCUCCGCAGCUAUUCGGAACACUAGGGUUUUGGUGCUGUUAUCUCGUUGCUACCAUCAUAUGCAUUUGGCCACGCUUCACGUAUGAUUUCAUCAUGAGGCACUUCAAACCCAAGGAUGUGGACGUUAUUCGAGAGCAAAUCAGAGAUGGGGCAUUCAAUAAUUUUCCAAUGGAUUACGAUCCCACUAACAUGUCCGAUGUUGAAAAGCAGAGGAUUCUUCAACGUUUAAAUGAGGGUGACACAGAGUUAUUGGAGAAGGUGAAAAUUGCAGUUGAACCAGAAAAGGAAAGUGACGCUCUAGAGAGCUCUCAUGACGACAACAAAGUUUCUCGAGCUCUUAGAAGUAUUCGGAGAGGCACCAUAAGCAGAUCAAGAAAUAAUACCAUGAGAUCUAGAAGAGACACCGCCAGCGAUCAAGCAAAGUACAAUCAAAAAUUGAUCAGCAAGACCCUCGAUUUGUCUCAAAUUAGACUGGAAAUGAUGAAAACUGGUGAGUACCGAACAGGAGCCAGGAACUCUCUCGACAGAAUCUCUACUACGCAAGGUCUUCCGGGCCUAACCCAGGCAGAAACUCUACUUAGUUACCACACGCGGCAAAGUAUAAAUUUUGAUCGCGCAUAA